UGAGAGGCUGUGUCCGAAAAAUAAUAAAUUGAAAAACUGAAAAAAUGUUCAGAUGAGGAAAAAAUUUGUAAUGAGGGAACAGCAUUGCUCGUAACGCAACAUCGACGUAGACAUAAUUGAACCAAAGUUAAAUUCAGUGAGCGUCAGGAUAAAAAACGUGGGUAAUUGUUAGAUUUUUUGCAAUAGUUGAGGUUUUGAAGUUGAUAGGAAGUGAGAUUUAAUAAUUUUACUUAGAAGUAUUGUACUCUUAUAAAGUGAAAAUAUAAAUAAUGAACCCAUUCUUGCGGAGAAAAAGCAAACGAUGAUGCAAGAACUUUUGCAUUCAUUGAAAGUUUUGGUCCCCUUCUUGGUAUAGAGAAAUUAAUUGACAACAUUUGUUUGUAAUAUUUGUACGUUACAGUGAAAUAAACAAAACUCUGACAAAACGACAUUAAAUUAAAAAGGUAUUGUGAUAAUGGCGCAACUGAUACAACAGGAUAUGAGCAAUACAAUGUCGGAUUCAGAGAUGAGUGCUUCUGGCGGUGCACUGGAAGAUAGUGAUACGAAUUCUAGUAGCAGUUCUAGUAUGAGCUCUUCAACUUCUAAUUCAGACAUGAAUGAUUUGCAAUUAGAUACACUGGAGCUAGCUAAAAUAAGAAAUGAAUUGUUACGUUUGCCGCGGGGUUUAUGUGAAAGUAUGAAAAUCUUUCAUGAGUUUUUCUCAGUAGACACAUGGAAUAAUAUACCUGAAGCGAUUCGAGCAAGUUUGGAAAAGCAUUUACCAGAUUUUACAAAUAUGCUUACUCCUCAAGAGAUAUCUAUGGAGAUGCAGCGUACUUUAUCUAUGCUUUUUAACGGUGACUUAAUGCGAUUUGGCCACUCACCUCUUUUUGACUUGCAACAGGAAUUGGAGAGUGGAAAUUUUAGGCCUGACGUCGUGCGGCUACGCCAAAGCAUUGCUAAAUCACGACGACGUGAACAGCGAUUUCAAAGAUGUGAACGACUUAGUCAACUUGCUAAAGAAUUGUUUUUGUCUCGUGAACGCCUAUUGCAAAUUGCUUACAAAUCUGCGCCAAGCACCAAACUACGGACAGAACGUGCAACAAAGCGCGAACAAACCAUUUUUCAUGCUGAUACAAAACUUUGUACUGUGCGUUGUCGAAAACGUUUUAGAAAAGAAUUAGAUAAUAUCACAGAUCAGUUGGGCAUUAAACCUAAUGAAUUAAGUGCUGACGAGGCGGAUGUUUCCUCCGUCGAAAAUGUCACUGAGGAAAGCCAUUUCAAUCUGAAAUCUGAAAUAUCAUCUGUAUUGAAAUUACCUGCUUCUGGUACUGACCGUUUGAUUUUCAGUACAUUAUUUAAAAGACGAAAAAAUCUUGCUGACGAAGAUGUGAUACGCACCGAUCAGAAUACGCAACAAUCUAGAUUAUCAAAUAGAAAUUUCCGAUCGUAUAUACGAGAGCACAAACGGCGGAAAAUUACAGAGCCGACUUUACCAGACUUUGAAACUUCCGACAUACGGCUGCGAGAUGUGUGUGCAAGGGCACAGAUGGGUGGGAAUUUUAAACAAUUUUUCGGUGUGGGUAAAAUUAUCGGAAGGAAAACUAAACCUAAACCGGUAUCUUAUACGGAUCCUCCAGCAUUAGUACCAAUUACGGCCAGUGAUCAAUAUUCUGACACAUAUGGAAAGAACGAAAAUGAGGUCAAAUUAGAUAUUCUAUCGAUUGAGGGAGGUUCAAAAAAUGUAAAAGAACAACAGGUUGAACAUUUUCAACAGCGUUUAUCUGAACCUACAAAUGGAACCUUACAGCAUCCGUUUCUUCCUGAAGAUGGUGCACCAUUUAACAUAUUAGAUGGUGAAGUGGAACUUCAACAAGAAGAAGUUGAAACCUACGGUAACUGCGAUGAGGCUUUACCAAGUUUCGUAAUUUCCAAUGAAGUUGUCUUACCUACGAUUGAACAAACAGAAGUACCCCCACAGAAACUAUUGCAAACGCCUCACAAAGUAGACGACAGUAAUGUCGAUUUACAGGGUAAAUAUCCAUUGGUAGAAAAUAGUUGUCAAAGUACUUUAGUUGAACAAAAUAUACCAAAGCUAGAGUCUAUAUUUGCAAAGGUGAACAAAACUCCUCUCAAAGAAAAGGCUCGAUCGAAUUCUCAAUUAAACUACAAUGCAACCAAUAUUUCAUCGGCAACUGGAACAUUAGGAACUCCAAUUAGACGACAAACGCAACCCUUGAUUUCACCGACAAAAAGCCUUAUUCCAACGACCCUUGAAUCAUCUGAAUUAAUUCAGGAGACUCAUGCUUGCUUCUUUUCGCUUAUACGUGAUUUGUUUUGCGCAACACCCCAUCACCGAAUGCAAUACAAUGAACUGCGUAUGAGGAUCGAUAUCUGGUUGCGGAAUCCUAUUACUGCUUUAAACGAUUGGUAUGCUCAGUCCGAUAACUGGUCAGCAUUAUUAACAUCUGCUAUAAAUUUUUUGGCUGGAGAUUUCUCCGACCAACCAGACGAAUACGUUCCAUACUUAGAAUUCAAAUCCCAACAAAAUAUUUUUCAGUGGAUAGGAGCAGGUCGUGACUCUGACACCCGUCUCUCUAAGUUGUGCCUUUAUUGGUUGCAACGUCGUGAAAUUUCGGAUAGAAUGCCGAGUGCUGCUUGCCAAGUAAUUAAGGAUGAUGGAAAGGAAUCUUCAAAUAAUAUAAAAACAAAUAAUAACACUUACAACUCGAACGAAAUAGACGAUGCUCCGGUAUCAUUCGAUGGUGGUAUAUCCCCACCACCUCCACCACGCUGUCCUACGACAUGGACGGUUUGCGCGGCUACACCAGAGGAAAUUGUUGAGUUUCAACGACAGGAACGUGAACGUUUUGAGCAACCGCACCGUGCUUAUACUUACCAUAUGCAUGGUUACGAAAGUGUAGUCGGUCCAGUUAAAGGAAUAUACACACAAAUGUAUGCUUUAACUAAGGCUCGUGGACAUAGUAUGAUGGUUGGAAAUCGUCCAAAUUUUGUCACCAUUUUAACAUUAGUUCGUGAUGCAACUGCACGUUUACCGAAUGGGGAAGGCACUCGGGCCGAUAUAGCCGAAUUGCUUAAGAGCUCGCAAUAUAUAAACUUAAAAGAAGGGGAAAAUGUACUACAAACAACGGUGAGCGGAGCAUUAGAUCGCAUGCACACAGAACAUGAUCCAUGUGUGCGUUAUGAUCCAAAGCGUAAAAUUUGGAUUUAUCUCCACCGAAAUCGAAACGAAGAUGAUUUCGAGCGAAUACAUCAGCAAAGUCAGGGUGUAGGGAAAUCCAAAAAAAUUGCACAUCGUAAAUCUAAGGCAAAGGUCGCAUUAGCCAAAGCAACUUCAGAAAUCAAUGAUCCGAAUUCUCUUUUAAUUACAUGUGAGGACGAGGUUAAUGUAGGAACUGUGAGCACAGCAAACACCACUACAAAAAUUAGCGCAGCUUUUUCGAUGCCUGCAUUAGUACCAGCAAAUCCCAUCAUUGUAAGUAGUCAAAGUGCCAUUGAGCAACAAAAAAUACCACUCGUUAUCACUAAACCAUCGGGGAAUCGUUCGCUCCCUGUGCCCCCAUUAAAGUACAACAUACCGCACCAACAGCAGAAAUCUUUACUUAAAACGGCUGUUCAAUCACAAUCGCAACGGCAUCAAGAGCAUCGACAAAUCAAUAACACUACUGGUAUUGAUACACAAAUACCACAACACCAAAGGAUUCAACAGCGAAUGACAAUCUUAACAAAAAAUGCAACAAUAAAUGAAGUGGUUUCAGAAGAAAGUAAGGUCAACAAACAGUUAAAUUUAACUAUGUCACCAAUCAAGUCUAACUUAACGACGAUAACAACGGGAAAUGUUAACUCCACACCAAUCAUUGUUGCUACGCCAUCUGGUCUUCAAACUGUGCACGUUUCCAGCGCUACAGUUGUGACACCGUCCACAGGCACAUCUGUUUCAAUAGCAUCACAGAAAUCUCCAUCUCUUAGCGCCACUUUCAGUGGAAAAAAAGUGGCUUUGAAUAAACCUAUCAUUAUAAAUCAAGUGAAGGGUCAGUCUACAUUAAGCGGGACAUCGCAACCCAAAUCCGCUUCACACCAAGUGCUUAAGCAACAAAACAUUGUUUACGCGCAACAACAACAGAAGCCUACACAAGGUUUCAUCAUUCCGAUCAGCAUGUCGAAUUCUAUUCCGAAUGCUACUGACGUUGAAGUUCAAAAUAUCACCAAAGAAACAAAUGUGCGAACUUUACCACUUUCAUCAAUUUCCACGGGUGGUUCUACAACCAUUUACAUGGAUAAUACAAAGUUUGUUUCUAAUGUGGGAAGUUUGUCACCAGAACAAGUACAACAAAACAAAUCACAUGGAAAAAAUAUUAUUCGAAUUGUGCCAAGUAUCAGUGGCAGUGGAGUAAAAUCGAUUUUGCAAUCUGCACCAGCUGGAUCGGUUGUUACUUCCAGGAAACCUCCCGUUCAUGUUAUCGGUCACCGUGUUGUGGCAGGGGGUAGUGGGAUGGGAACAAUACGGGCACAGACGCAGCAAAGUAAAUCAUUUGGUAAUAUAUCGCUUAUGAGUAAUAAUAGUGGGACGCAAGCAUUUGGCGUAUCAUCGGUGGUAUCUGCUGCUGGCGGUUCUACGCUUAUAAAAAUGUCUCCACAAACAUUUGCAACUUUACACAAGCAAAAUCAACAGAUAGUUGUGAAGAAAUCUUCUCCCUCGUCGCCUGUUACAAAUCAGCAACAUCGUGUAAUCGACAAGUCCACUCUUUUAAAAAAUUGUACCGUUGUUGCCCAAUCUGGUGGUCUAACUACGCAAACAAUAGGUAAGAAGGUCUUUAUGCAUCAAACAUCAAACGCAGGAGUUGUUCACAAAUCCGUCGUUAAAGAUGCAGCUUCUGUUGGAUCACAAACCUCUUCAACGCCAGUAGCUGAGAAAGUUCAUACGAUAAAUACAACAAAUCUUACUUCUCAACAACAGAGAGCCCUUCUUCAGAACUUAAAGCAACAGCAAAACAUUCAAUUGAAGUCCGUGCAUGUGGUUCCCAGUGAUUCAUCUAAUUCACAGCCACAAUCACAAAUAAAUCAAGUCGUUUCGCGCCCUCAAACCUUGGCGGUAUUACCCUCGGUAGCGAAUAGCGACGUUGCAGUUGGACAACAAGCAACCAAUAAAGCUCUAGCUGUGAUGGUUCCUCAGGCCCAAAGCCUCCCACGUGUUUUAAAGGUGAGCUCCACGAAUUCUCAAGCUCAGCAGCAACAGCAAGCUAUAGCAAUAGCUGGAAAUGACACUCCUGUAGGUACAACAGCGAGCGGAACUCGAAUUCUCACAACUUCUACCGGCCAAAUAAUAUCAUUGGAGAGUUUGCUCCAAAAACAAAGUAGCAAUGUUUCGUUGAAAACAAACCUCAGUGGUGGUGUAGGUGCUAUUGUUAAAAACGUUCAUUCAGCCAGCAUUUCACAUCAACAACAGCCCCACCUCGUAACAUCAACCGGUAAUACAACCUCAUAUACCGUCGUAUCGCAGGCAAGAAAUGUAAAUACACAUCGUCCCACCACAUCGCAAACAUCGGAUAGCGCGAGUACAACAAAAACUACACUCGUAAGCGGAGGUACUGGACGCAUCUUUAUGUCGACUGGUGGACAAUUGACUACUCCUCAGAUAACCAAAGUACUCGGCAAAGCUGGAGUGACUACAAAUUCAUCUACUACUGCGACCACAGCAAGCAAUAUACGUGUAAUCAAAAAUACAUCUAACAUUGGAGGUGUUUCAAAUAGUUUUAAUGUUACAAGCUUACAAGGGAAACAAGUCGUUUUUGCUGCAAAGCCAUCUACGACUGUAGCUAAAAAUGUUGGAAGCUCGGCUCAAUUACACCAACUACAUUCCGCUGGUGUGGUAAUUGGUGGACAAACAUUAAAAUUACACCGAAACCUGCAACAACAAAAUAAGAUAGUUAAUUUAACGUCCACAAACACUACUAGUAAUAGUAGUGGUGUUGUUCCUACUCAGCAAGGGUCUCAAAUGCAAACAGUUAUAAUGGGAAACCAAAUAUUACGGGUUCAACAAAUGCAAACGGCAGUGAAAACUGUAGGUUCAAGUGGAACAGCGAUUCAACAACGUAUGCCAAGUCUACCGGUUGGUAAUCUAAUUACCGGAAGCUCGGCUUUAAGUAACGGUAAUGAGACAUCCAACAAUGCGACUGCAAUUAACUUACCAAAGACUGUGAUGCUUGGCUCUGGCGGGCAGACAAUACGUUUACAACAGUCACAACAAUCGGUUCCAAUGACCCAUCAUCUGCAGCCCGUAUCUACACAAUCACAGACUCAGCUGGUUACUGUUAAAAAUUCAUCUCAACAGGGCGUGAAAACAUCGAAUCCUGGACGUGUGGUUUUGGCUGUACAGGGAGGUGGGCAAAUAUUUCUUUCGCCUAACUUUCAGGGGAAUACAUUAAACCUGAAAACAUUGCAAAAUAUGAAAGUGGUUUCCUUAUCAUCACAUUCAGCGACUUCUGCGAGCAACUCAAAUCAGAGCGAGGACAAGUCAUCAGCUACAUUGCAGAACUGUGGUAACAGUAACUCUUAAGAGAGCUCUAUUAUAAGAAAUUCUGUUUUAUGAGUAGAUUGUGAAAAAUGAAGAAAAAAAAUU